UCUUACAUUGUCUCCCUGAUAAUACAUACACACAAAGAACUACCUGUGACAAAAUAGCUGUCGGCAAUAAAAGAGAGGAAAUAGUACAGGCAUCUAAGAUCUGUGAAUUCGACGAGCAAAGGUUUCUCCUUUCGGAAGAAAGUGCAGACCAGACAUUGCAUUUUCAAGACACGAUUUUCCAGAUUGAAAGAGGGAUAACGCGAAGCGGCCGAGCGGGUUGUGUACUUACCUCCCUGCAGCAGUUACGUCUUUCUUGCAUUGGUGAACGAGAAGCAUACGGAAAUUAAAUUACAUGUUUCUGUAACAAUAAAUUAUUAAGAAUAUAAAGAAGAGUUACAGACGUGGAAGGAUAGCUAAGGAACAAAUAUAGGAUCCAGAGAAAGACUGCGGGCGUCUUUCAAGAGACGUAACAUCAUUAACACUCAACUUGCAGAAACAAUCUCGGAGGGCGUGACUACAAAAGUUAUACCCAAGAACACAAUCUGAAAGGUUAUAUCUGAAACUACAGCGGUAAACGGGAAGAUGUACCACUGUGACAGUUCUGAACAUCCUCUCACACAGUAUUGUCAGUGGCUGGCGCUGCUGACCCUACUGUUCAACGUCUCCAUAGUACAAGGCACGACUUACGAUACGAAGAAGCUUGAAAAAAUAGAAGCUAUCACGGAGAAAAGUAUUCAGCUAUGUGUGACCGCCCUUAACGACAGCACGAAGCUGGAGGUGCGACUGGUGGCAUAUUCUUCCAGAUUAAAUGUCACCGUCGGCAAGGCUGUCAUCAAGAAGAAAGCAUUUACGGUCGAUGUCAGUCAGCCCCUCUUUAUACAACACAACAAAGACGGUAAUAAUAAGCACAGUCUAGAAGUUCUCUUCAACGGCCAGCAGCAACGCUACAAGACUAUCGCCUCUACCGUCCACUCUGACCACCACUAUUCCGUCUUCGAAAUUUCUUUGCUUCUGAAAGGUAAGGCUAGAAUUGAAUCAUGUCCAGAGGAAGACCUGCCCUCCUCUCAACCCACCACUUUGUCAACAAACCCAUUGACUAAACCAGUAAUUGACAUUAAUAAGAUUCCUCCUGCAACAGUAAAAGAUUCUCCUCCUGAAGAAGAUGAGGUGAAGGCAAGGAAAACGGUGGAGCUUAGAGAGGAGCCGCCGAUAUUCAAAACCUCCACACCAUCGUCAGCAGACACCAUCAGCCCCGGAAUGUACAAUACCACGGAAGGGAAAGAACCUGAGGAUGGAGAGGAGUUCAUAUGGCUGCUGGGGCAGGUGGGUUCCGUCCCUGUGCUAGUGCUGGUGGUGCUGCUGGCGCUGGUGGUAGGCGUCGUGUUGGGGAUCGUCAUGAUGUCCCUCUAUAAAUGUUGCCGCAGGAAGCUAGUCCGCAGGAGUGUGAGUAUUAGCCUUCGAGGUGGUACCCUGCACGCAGACACUAUCAGGGACAAGAGAGUGGAUGGGUGGACGGCCAACAGCGCUUGGGUAGACGGGAAAAAUUCGAGCGGUUUCAACAGCAUGGCCAGCCGCACCCACACCAGCUAUAACACAGCUGAGCGUAAACAUGGCAGUUUCAUCAGUACCAAUGACCACAACUUCAGCAACAGCACCCACAGCUCAAUCGACCGCGCCAAUAAUACCUCAACCACCCGCAGCCAAAACAGCACGAUAAUAAUAGCAACACUUAAAAAUUGGUGA